AUGACUCGGAUCCUGGCUUCCGUGGUAUCAUGCAACUGUAGCGACCCCGUGUCUCAGCAACUGCACAUAUUCAAGUUAACCCAUAAAACUCCCGCACAGCUGUCCCUAAGCUUCGGCUCCCCAGUAACCGUCCAGCAGGCGGCGUCCUCCCUGCAGACCAACCUCAUCCGGAACCCCUUCUUCAUGGAGACCUUCGCCCACCUCAGCAUCGAGCGCAUACCGGAGCGCCUCGUACACGCGGCCGGCGCCGGCGCCUUCGGGCACUUCCGCGUCACCCACGACAUUACCCACAUCUGCAAGGCCAAGCUCUUCAGUGCCAUCGGCAAGAAGACUCCCGUCGCAGUCAGGUUCUCCCACGUAGGUGGCUUCAGGGGCUUCGCAGAUUCAGCCCGCGACGGCCGCGGGUUCGCCAUUAAGUUCUACACCGAAGACGGUAACUACGACCUCCUCGCGCUCAACACCCCGGUGUUCCCCGUCAUGGACCCGCUGUUCUUCGCCUCCUUCGCCCACGCGCUGCACCCGAACCCUCAGACUGGCAUCAUGGAGAAUAAUGCGCAGUGGGACUUCCUCACACUGCGGCCCGAGAGCGUGCUGUUCGCGAUGGUGACGUGGUCGGACCGCGGGACUCCCGACGGCUUCCGACACAUGCCGGGCUUCGGCGUACACGCCUUCCAGGUUGUCAACCACGAGGGCACGCCCAGCUUCCUGCGGUUCCACAUCACACCUGACGCGGGCAUGAAAAACUUGAUGAACGAAGACGCGGUCCGUCUGGCCGGUGAAGACCCGAGUUAUUAUGCCAGAGACUUGUACAACGCUAUAGCAUACGGCUGCUAUCCUACUUGGACGGUAUCUGCUCAAAUACUUACUUUGGAACAAGUGAAAACAGCAUCGUUUGACGUUUUCGACGUUACCAAAGUGUUGCCAACGGACAAGUAUCCACUUCAACAGAUUGGGAUCCUAGAGCUGAAUAGAAAUCCGGAGAACUAUUUCGCUGAAGUGGAGCAGAUAGCGUUCAACCCCGGGAACCUCGUGCAUGGGAUCCUCGGCGCUCCCGACAAGCUAUUUGAGGGUCGUCUGGUAUCCUACGUGCACGACCAGACCUACCGACUCAACGGGAACCUCAACAAGAUCCGCGUGAACGCUCCUCUUCAACCACCUUCAACUUACCUGCGAGAUGGCCGGUCGCCUGUUAGAGAUAACGAACUGGGGACUCCUGACUACUUCCCCAAUUCUUUCAACGGGCCAGUGGCGUUCGCUGACGAACAAGCGAAGCUGAUAGAAAUAACCCAGAAAGAGACUGAUAACUUUGGUCCAGCCAGGGAGUUCUAUUUGAAGGAGUUUACUGAUAAGGAACGGGAGACAUUGCCAGGAAACGUGGUGUCUGGUCUCCGCAUGGUGACGUGUGAACUGCAGGAGAGGGUGGCGCGAAUGUUCUCGAAGGUAGACAAGGAGCUGGGCAGUCGCAUCCGGGACGGUUUGAAUAACAGUACUAUUACAUGCGGGGAGUUGUAGGAAUGUAAUGAAUCGUAAAGUUGAAUUUAAGUGUAGGAUAAUAAUGUGGCAUGUCUGAUAAUAAUAAUUAGUUACUUUCUAGUGUUACCUACAUGUAUUUUAUAAACAACAUUAUGCACCGCAUCUAAAUAGUUAACUGUUCGACAUUGAGCAGCACAGUUUCAAAGUCAUGUUUUGUUUUUGUAUACCUUCCUAACUUUUGUUAUUAGAAACGGUAGUGGAAGGUGCUUUAGACAAAGUGGAAAUAUGAUCUCAUCCUAACAACCAAGCAUUGUCGCUAGCACGAGAACAUUAAAGCGAACACUCACAGGUAAUGGACAAAAUUUACAUUUGCGCUACUAAUUCUAGCCUUAAAUUAUAAAGUUACCAUAUCAUUUUCAGCUAGUGCACAGGUAGGUACCUAAAGUGGAGACUGCAUCAUAAUGUCAUAACUCACAUCCACACAUUUGAGAACUAACCACCUGACUCCAUCUAACCCAUACGUUCUGGAGAUUUAAGCGUGAAACUUCCACGUGAUUCUAAACAAAACAAGCGCCAACUCAAUUAGCGCCCCAAAUGUGGAUUAAAACUCAUUUUGCGAUCGCACAAUGGUCCCGAUUACAAAGCAGUUCGCGCAGCAGGGGCAUUAGUUCCCAAGUAUUGGCACAGAGACAAUUUAUGCCCACUUCGGGAACUUGCUCUAUAGCUUAGUUUUGGUUAAGAUUGCAGCGGGUCGCCACUCGCUAGUUUAAUGUGAGCGCAAGGAAAUUGGAACUGGGGACUACACUUGGUGUUUACCUACCCGAGUUUACAGUAUGUAGAGCUAGUAUGUAGGCACAUCGUAUAUCUCUUGAAUAGGCCAAUGAAGUUACAAAUGAAGGUCAAAUAUUACUUUGCAAUAAAUACCCUUAAUCUAAAGGCUCCCUGAAAGUUAUAAAAAUGUUAGCGUUUAGUAUUUAUCGUAUCGCUUUACAAAU